UUAUUUUUUUAUAACAGUUGACAAUCAAUGGCAUGUAAUGCUUCAACUACAUCUAUUGGAUCAACCGCUACUGGUGCACAUAAACGUAAUUCAGAUGAUGUUGGUUGGGAAUAUGGUGUUAUCCCGGAUAAAAACAACAUUAAUAGAUUGAAAUGUACAUUGUGUGGAAAAGUGUUUGGUGGGGAGAUUUUUAGGAUGAAACAACAUAUUGCUCAUAUGACGGGGAAUGUAUCUUCAUGUCCAAAGUCUACAAAAUAUGAUCAAUUGAAAUGUCUAAAUUAUCUUAACUAAGGGAAGUUGAAAAAGAAAGCUAAAAAAAUGCAUAUUGAAGACUUAAGGGUAGAGGCGAGACAAGAAUUGCAUGAUAGCGUGGAUGAAGUAGAAAAUUCUUUGGAGUCGAUGGCACCAAAUGUUAUAGGCCCCAUGGAUAACUUUGCAAACAUAAUAAACCCCGAAGAAGUUGUGAAGGCUGAAAAGGGAAAAAAUUGUUGAUCUUAACAAUAUUGUCCAGAAAGAAAGAAUAUUAGUGGUCCAUAAAUUUAUUAGUAGGUGGGCAUAUGAGAGUGUGAUUCCUUUUCAUGCCUUUGAAAGGGAUAGCUUCAAAAUGAUGUUGGAGGUUAUUGGCUAAUUUGGAAUCGGGCUUCCAUGUCCUACUAGAUAUGCUUUGAGUGACCCACUUCUAAAGCUUGAAGUUGAAAGAACAAAAAAAUUGUUGAAAAAAAAAACGAAAAAGAAUGGAAAGGGGAUGGAUGCUUGAUUAUGAUGGAUUCUUGGUCCGAUCGAAAGAGGAGAAGCAUUAUGAAUUUAUGUGUUAAUUCGAAGAUGGGUACCAUUUUUUUAUCUUCAAAAGAAUGUUCUGGUGAAGCACAUACAAGCCAACAGAUAUAUGAGUAUGUGGAAUCUUGUAUUCAACAAGUUGGUCCCGAGAAUGUUGUUCAAGUUGUGACCGAUAAUGUCACGAAUAACAUGGGGGUGGCGAAGUUGCUAAAAGAGAAAAGACCAUCUAUUUUUUGGACAUCAUGUGUGACACAUACCAUUAACCUUAUGCUUGAAGGUAUCGGAAAACUCCCAAGGUUUAAGAAAAUCCUAGAUCAAGCAAAGAAACUAACCAUAUUCAUUUACGCUCACCACAAAACCUUGGCGAUGAUGAGAAGUUACACCAACAAAAGGGAAAUUAUCCGAUCGGGAGUCACGAGAUUUGCUUCCGCCUUUCUAACAUUACAAAGUUUGUCCGAAAAAAAGGAGCAACUAAGACAUAUGUUUUCUAGCAACGAAUGGGAGGAAUGUAAAUUUUCCGCUAGUUGGUGGGGACUAUUUGGUGGCACAACUCCUCGUUUGACAAAGAUUGCAAUGAGAAUUCUUUCUUUAACUAGUAGUUCAUCGGGUUGUGAAAGGAAUUGGAGCACGUUUGAAGGGGUACAUACAAAGAAACGAAAUAGAUUGUAG